CGGACCGGAAUGCAUGCAUACCCGUCAAGUCGUCCUCUGUGAAUGUUGUUGCUAGCUAGUGUAUAUUUGUGUCUAGCGCUUUUUUUAAAAAACAAAUGUGUUAAUUGAUAUAUAUGAGGUAAUUGUGUGUUAAACGAUGACAUCCAGAGGCACCCCGAGUCGCUUCCUGCAGAGUGUUCUUCAGAACGGAGUGGGUCGCUAUGUCUGCCAGCUCAAACGACUCUCCAUCAUCUUCUCUAAAAAUGCACAGAGCUCGUUGGGAAUCAGGGAGUUCAUUGAAGAGGGAGUGGUGGAUUAUGCCAAAAACAACCCUUCAACUGUCGUUUAUGUGUCUCCUCAGUCCUGCAGGAUACCCAAAAUAGUUGCAGAAUACCUAAAUGGCAACGUGAGGGAAGAAAUCGUGACAAGCAAAACGUCGACACAGAUUUCUGAGGUUAUAACCAAGCUGACCAAUCAGUCUGGCCUGGACAUUAUACGCCUCCGAAAGCCCUUCCACACAGACAACCCCAGCAUCCAGGGCCAGUGGCACCCCUUCACCAACCGGCCCCCGUCCAUCGGCCCCAUCAGACCACAGAAACAAGAUGCUUAACAAGGACUAACCAACAUUUAGAGUCAAAAUGAGUGCUGCAUUCCAUAUUACUCAUGUCGGCAGCAAUUUGUUGGAUAUUUCUGCAGAAGACCCCGAAUAUCGACUGGGUAUUUUUCCACCAUGCCCUUUUGUCUGUUGGUGGCUCUAAAUGCCACAUUUGAAUAGACUUAACAUGAAUACUCCAGAGGCUUGUCAGCAGGCAUAUUAGAAAAGCAGAUAACUUUUUUUAAACUCAAGGUUGUUUGAAGAUUCACUGUAGUAAAGUGUGGCCGUUUAAGCAGAUGAAACUUUGUAUGAAAUAAAUCUUUAAAAAAUA